GUCGGAGGCUGAAGAUCCAGUCCCUACAGUUACUUAGUAAAGGUUUCUCAGAUUUUGUGAUUACGGGACAAUAAAUAACUUUGCACAGCAACUGUAAUUUUUCACUGAGCAAAAUCCUUCAGCUAACCAAGCACACAUUUGUCAUCCACACUCAAACAUUUACAAGAUACACUGACUUUGUCAGUUUCACCAGAAAGUUAAUGAUUUCAGUGCUCAGUAAAUCAGAAAGUGAAUGAUAUGACAAACCUCACAUGGCAGUGGAUUCCAGCCAUGAUGCAGCACUUAAGUUUCCUCCUGGACUGCCCUACUGUAGUUGCAGCUAUUUUUAUUUGUGGUAUUGGUGGAACCUUUCAGUAUGGAUUUUGUGUGUCUGUGAUGACGUCCCCCUCAGUUUUUAUAAAAAAGCUGAUCAACAGAACCUGCGUGGAACGCUAUGACUUCUCCUUAGAGGAGUGGCAGGUCUCUCUCAUAUGGUCCUUCACUGUCUCCAUCUUCUGCAUUGGGGGGUUACUGGGGUCGCUAACAGCUGGCUCCUUGACAUCGAAAUUUGGCAGAAAGCGAUGCCUUUUGCUGAAUAAUUUAGUGGCCAUAGCUGGAGCUGUUCUGAUGAUUUUGAGCCAAACAGCUGUGUCUUUUGAGAUGAUCAUGGUAGCACGAUUUCUCUAUGGCGUUAACUCAGGAGUUGGUCUUUCAGCUCAAACCAUGUAUCUCAUUGAAUGCGCUCCUAAAAGGCUCAGAGGGAUGGUCGGCGUGUCUGUUGCCACCUUUCUCUCUUUGGGAAGAUUCUCCGGUCAGCUCUUGGGAAUCAGGGAGUUACUUGGUACAGAGAAGGAGUGGCCUUGGCUCCUUGGAUUUAAUGGUUGCGCAGCGUUGUUCCAGCUCUUCACGUUGCCGUUUCUCCCAGAGUCUCCCAGGUUCCUGCUGCUCGAGAGAGGGGAUAGCCAAGCCUCUGCAAAGGCUUUUAAAAAGCUCUGGGGCAAAAACGACUACAGCAAGGAGCUGGAUGACAUGUUGAAGGAGAAAGCCAGCCUGCACAGUAUUCCUAACCAAUCAGUAUUGGAGCUAUUUCAGAGCCAAUCGCUUCGCUGGCAGCUCCUCACCAUCAUUAUUGCCUUCAUUUCCCUUCAGCUUUCUGGCAUCAAUGCUGUGUACUUUUAUUCAUUUGAAGUCCUCGGUGCAGCAGGAAUUCCACAUGAUAAGUUAGCUUAUGCUGCGCUGGGAACAGGCCUGUGUGAACUCAUCACAUCCACAGCUUGUUUCAUCAUUAUUGAGAGUAUGGGCAAAAAAGUUUUGCUCUACAGAGGCUACAUCGCCAUGUCUGUAACUCUAGGUCUGCUCACCAUCACUGUAUACUUUCAAAAAUCCGUCUCCUGGUUACCAUACUGCAGUUUGGUUCUUGUCUUCUUCUUCAUUUUCUUUUUUGCGAUUGGACCAGCUGCAACAACGGCUCCUCUUCCUGGAGAAAUCCUGACUCAGUCCUUCAAAUCAGCAGGAUACACACUAGGCUGCACCAUCAACUGGAUGGGCCUGUUUGUGCUGGGGAUGCUUUUCCCCAUUCUGGUGGAGAAACUUGAAAGUUUCUGCUUCCUCAUAUUUCUGGUGUUCUGCCUCAUCUGUGGGCUGUACGUCGCGUUCAACGUGCCUGAGACUAAAAACCAAACGGUGCUGGAGAUAGCUGCUGAGUUUGAGAGGAUGCACUGCAAAGAUGACAAGUCACAGAGGAAGAAGCACUCUGAACAGGAUCCCAGUGGAAUCAAAUCCUGUAGUACCAAAUUCUGAUUCAACAAAGAAAAGAGUUUGCUGCUAAAAUUUAUGAGAACAAGGACAACAGAUCACUGUUCACAAAAGUGUCUCAUUCAAAAAAUGAAAGGGCAUUUAUUAUUUUUUAAUUCAUAUUUCUAAACCUUCCUUUUCCCAUAAACUAACAAAUGAGUAAAAGAUACCCUUGCUUAUACGAAGGGAGUCAGUAAAUAACAAUUUAAACAUCUUUUUUUUUAAUGUUUAACAAACUUCUCUUGUUAUAUGUGAAAGCAUUGGUGAAUGGAAGUUGUUCUUUAUUGAAUUAAAGUUACAAAACCUUAAA